AUGGCUGCAACCUUGGCCCUUCCGAUUGCAAAGAGGCUAAGAGGACGACUUCUGGCCACAAAGGUAAAGGAGAAGCAGAAGGACCACACCUGUGGACAAGAAUUCCUGUCAGGAAAUGAUCCUCAUACCGGGGAGAUCUUUCGCAGGCGCUUCAGGCAAUUCUGCCACCAGGAGACACCAGGACCCCACGAAGCCCUUCGAAGACUGCAGGAGCUCUGCCAUCAGUGGCUGAGGCCAGGGAGCCACAGCAAGGAGCAGAUCCUGUUGCUGCUGGUGCUGGAGCAGUUCCUGAGCAUGCUGCCUGAGGAGCUGCAGGCCUGGGUGAGGGAGCACCACCCGAGUGGGGAGGAGGCGGUGGCUGUGCUGGAGGAUUUGGAGAGAGCUGGAGGAGCCAAGGGAGAACAAGUUCCAAAACAAGCCCACAUACAGGAAGACCUUACAAAGAAGACAGCUAUAGGUGUGAUUCAGGAGGCAGCAGGUGGCCAGUCCCCAACCUUGGAAGAGCAGCUUCAGGGUCACUUGCAAGGUAUGUGCCCAGUUCAGGAUACUGAUGGUGAAGCUGGAACUCAGAAUGCAGAAUUUGCCCCAAAUGAGAUCUGGGAAGAAGUGAAAUCCCUUGUUGUUGAAAUAACCACAAAACAAAAUGGUGAUAUGAUUUGGGUUCCUGAACGUAGAGAUGCCUGUGACCCUGAAGGAAGACGUGAAAGGCAGCAGUUAAGCUCUUCUAUGGAGAGACCAUAUUAUUGUGUUGAGUGUGGCAAAAGCUUCACCCAGAAUUCCAUCCUUAUCGAGCACCAGAGACACACGGGUGAGAGGCCCUAUGAGUGCGAGGAGUGUGGGCAGGCCUUCAGCCAGUGCUCGGGCCUGUUCCAGCACCAGAGACUGCACACCUGGGAGAAGCGCUACCAGUGCAGCAUCUGUGGCAAAGCCUUCAGCCAGAACGCAGGGCUUCACCACCUCAGGAUCCACAGCGGGGAGAAACCCUUCCAGUGCGAACAGUGCAGGAAGCGCUUUAGCCGGCGGCCUGUGCUGGUGAAGCAUCAGCGAAUUCACACUGGUGAGAGACCCUAUGAGUGCGAAGCAUGUGGCAAGAACUUCAUUUACCACUGCAACCUUAUCCAGCAUCGCAGAGUCCACCCGUGGCUGAGCUCAGCUAGCUGCUUGGAUAAGGUAGGGCAAAAUUUCUCAGCAUCAGACCACUAG